AUGCAGACUGCUUCUACAAACAUUUGUGAAAUACUGUGCAAUAAGUCCAUCCGUGAAAUCUCCUUGCUACUAAAUAUUCCACGAUUAACUGUUAGUGGUAUUAUAACAAAGUGGAAGCAACUGGGAACAACAGCAAAUCAGCCACAAAGUGAUAGGCCACAUAAAAUGACAGCUCAGGUCAGUGCAUGCUGAAGCGCACCAUACGCAGAAGUCGCCAAGUGUCUGCAGAGUCAAUAGCUAUAGAUCUCCAAACAUCAUGUGGCAUUCAGAUUAGCACAACAACAGUGCGAAGAGAGAUUCAUGGAAUGGGUUUCCAUGGCCGAGCUGC